AUGGAAUUACAUGACAACAACAGGCAAGUCUCUUAUUUUUUCCUGUAUCUCUGCAUGUGUGGGGCAAUAUGUGAGACCUUCCACUAUUCAGUGCUUGAGGAAAAGAAAAGUGGGUCUCUGGUGGGAAAUGUGCUAAAGGAUUUGAAAGUGGAUGUAAAGGAGCUCUCUGCUCGCAGGGCCAGGCUGGUUUCUGAAGGCACCAAGCAGUAUUUCCAGCUGGAUCCUCAAUCUGGGGAUGUGCUAUUGAAGGAUAGAAUAGACCGAGAAGCUCUGUGUGGUCAGAAGGACCCUUGCAUCUUAUUCUCAGAGAUUGUGCUAGAAAACCCAUUGCAAGUGCACAGAAUUGAGGUUGAAAUAGAGGACAUGAAUGACAAUUUCCCACAAUUCUCUAAAAAGGAAUUCCUUUUUGAAAUACCUGAGCACAUGCCAACAAAUACCCGAUUCCCAUUAGAGAAAGCCAAAGAUGCAGACAGAGGAGAAAAUGCUGUGCAGAAUUACACGCUUAGUCCUAAUGACCAUUUUAGGUUGGAAGUGCAAAGUCACAGUGAUGGAACCAAAUCUGCACAAUUGGUGUUGGAGAAACAAUUAGACCGGGAAGAGGAAACACGUUUUUUCCUGACUCUGUUGGCUGUUGAUGGAGGGAGUCCAAAGAGAACAAGCACUGCAAAAAUUAUCAUUGAUGUUUUGGAUUCAAAUGAUAAUGUUCCUCAUUUUGAUAAAACUCUGUACAAAGUGAAAAUAAUGGAAAACAGCCAACCAGGCUCACUUGUUGCCAAAGUGGAAGCAUAUGACCAGGAUCUUGGUUCUAAUGCAGAGAUCACUUACUCCUUCAGCCAGGUGCCAGAAGAUGUACAAAGAUUAUUCAAAUUAAAUAAAUUUAAUGGAGAACUUACUAUAGCUGAUGAAAUUGAUUAUGAAAUAAGUAGAGUUUAUGAUGUGAAUAUCAAAGCCACGGAUGCAGGGGGACUCACUGAUUACUGCAAAGUCAUUGUGGAGGUUGAGGACAGGAAUGACAAUGCCCCAGAGGUGACCCUCACAUCCCUUACCAGCCCCUUACCAGAAGAUUCUUCCCCAGAUACUGUAGUGGCGCUUUUCCGUGUUACAGACCGAGACACUGGAGACAACGGCAGAACUUCCUGUACCACUGAGGCAUAUUUACCAUUCGUGUUAAAAGCAUCUGUGAACAAUUAUUACCAGCUGGUGACCCAACAGCUUCUAGACCGAGAAUGCAUCCCAGAGUACAACAUCACCAUCACAGCCACAGACCGGGGCUCUCCUAGGCUCACUUCAACAAGAAUAAUUAACGUUCAGAUCUCCGAUGUCAAUGACAAUGCUCCAGAAUUUGAGAAGUCAACAUAUAAAAUGCAGUUACGGGAAAACAAUAUUCCAGGUCUGCUGAUAGGUUUGGUUCAAGCCAAGGACCCGGACACAGAGCAGAAUGCCAAAGUGACCUAUUUACUUUUGCCUGGGAAAGUCAACGAUCAACCUGUGUCCUCUUACGUCUCCAUCAACUCUGAAACUGGGAAUCUGUAUGCCCUCCGAUCUCUGGACUAUGAGCAGAUAAAAGAUUUUCAGGUGACUGUAAGGGCUGUGGACAGCGGUUCUCCUCCCCUGAGCUCCCAAGUUAUGGUCCAAGUUGUCAUUGUGGAUGAAAAUGAUAAUGCCCCGUUCAUCCUGUACCCUCUUCAGAACGGCACUUCCCCGUCCAAUGACCUGGUUCCUAGGGGGGCCGAGGCUGGCUACCUGGUCACCAAGGUGGUGGCCGUGGACAGAGAUUCCGGUCAGAACUCUUGGCUUUCCUAUGAGCUCCUGAAAGCCACAGAACCAGGUCUGUUCAGUGUCGGGGCCCAGAAUGGAGAAGUGAAAACCAUGAGAUCCAUUAAUAAACGAGACACGUUCAAACAGAAACUUAUCAUUGGAGUGAGUGACAAUGGGCAUCCUCCCCAGUCCACCUCUGCAACACUAAGCAUUCUGCUAGUGGAUGGCUUCUCUGACCCUUAUAUGAAAAUAGUAGAUAUCCCAAAGGAGGAAGUGGUGGAGGAGGAAGACCGUACCCUGACUAUGUAUCUGGUCAUAUGCUUGGCUGUUAUCUCCUUCAUUUUUCUUGUUUCUGUGUUGGUGUUUAUUGCCAUCAAGAUUCAGAAAAGGAGGAAGUUCAUAGAGAGCUCAGCCCUGAAUUUCCCAGUGGGACCAAACUUCCCAGAGAACUGUGGAAAUGCUGAUGCUGGAUCCCUUUCCCGGGCUUACAACUAUGAGGUGUGUUUAGCUGGUGGGUCCCUGAACAGUGAGUUCAGGUUUCUCAGGCCCUUCUUUCCUGUCUUCUCUGUGGAGCCUGCUCAGUCCCAGGAGGUUCAAAGGAUUUCAUCUGGUUCCCAAGAUCUUUCCAGUCAUCCAGCAGAAAGUCAACUUGUAUAUCAGGUGACAGCAUAA